AGGCUAGGUUUUUUUCAACCGUGGUGCGUGGUGCGCCGUUUUUUCAAAGGAAAUUUUCGGAAACUUACUUGUUUAUCCGCAUAUUGCCUGUGUAUCAUGAGUCGAAUCGCUACUGCUGAAACUCCCGGCGUUUCCGCCUCCGGUGCUCCGACACCCAAAGCCAAGCAGAAAAGCGUCAGUUUUAGUCGGGCUUUCAGCUAUGAAUUUGCGGAAGAAGAACCGGAGCUGUCCCCGGAGGAAAUCAAGAACCUUCCCGUGAAGGAUACCGGGCCGCUAGCCGGUGUGUUUGAGCGGGUGGGAAAGUUGCAGACGCUUGGCGGCACGAUCAUAGGCGCAUUAUCCCCCUCAAGCUCAAGAGGAAGAUCAUCUGGGGAGGCGGGUGGAGAGCCGAAACUAGAUGUCACGAGGCUACCAGAGGCCAGGAAGACGAAAGCAGAGGAGGCAGUGCAUCCGGUAUCUAUAUCUAAUCAUGUGGCGACAGGAGAAGUUGUGAAAUUCGAAUUUGUCUAGUACUAAAUCUUUUCGAAGAGCGGCAAGUGGAUUCUGAAGUGCUGAAUUGCCAUGUGUAGUAUGUUGCGUUUGUAGCAUGUAGAUGUGGAUGACGCGGGGACAAAAUUAGAAUAAAAACUCGAUCAGGUGCUAGCCUUCUGCGGGUGUCCUCUUUUCUGUGGCUAUUUCUGUUGUCUUGGCUUCGUGAAGGGUGUGCUCGCGAAAGAGGCUUACGAAUCACAGGAAACCCUGGCAGCUGCUUCUGGUCCUCCGUCGCCCGUUGUCAUGAUAGCACCGAAGUCGCCUGUAGGAGGUGCUACAUAGCGGCGGCGGUGGAGUGAAGCAUCGAUUUUUGUGAAGGUUAUGGACGCGAGACAGCCGCGAAGAGUGUCAUCAUGAACCUAUUUUUGAUUGCGAAGUGCGUUUCAAUAACUGCUUGCGCCGUCGGCGUCGUGUGGUGCGAUUUCGAAGACAAAGCAAAGCAAAGCAACCAAUGUCCUCAUGCCACUGCAUCUGCUGCGCCGCAAGCACAAGCACC